AUGACAACUGUGCCCAAUACACCGCGGGAUGUUUCAUUAGGACCUGCAGUGAAUGACGAUUUGGAUGGGGUCGUGCAGUGCUCACCUUCUAAGUCCGUCACCCCCUCGGAUCCCCCAAGGCAGGCGUCCAGGGCUGGGGUAGACUCGAGUUGGCGCUCAGCAAGUAUACCCACUGAGGUGGCUGUGCAAGGCCAUGGGCAGGCAGAGGAUGCAGACAAGUCACUCUCAAGUCAACGUGACAAUCGUGAACCGAGCUGCCGUGUCGAGCUGCCGCGGCAGACUCAACCACAUGAGGGCGCCAUUCACAACGAUUCAGCGCCUAUCGAUGGCUACGACAACAUGGUUGAUGAUGGUGACUGUGACAGCCUCUCCGGCGAUGCCGACAGCGAUAGUAGCAGCGACAGCGACGGCGGUAAUGACGGCGAUGACGAUGACUACAACGAUGACGGAAGUUCCAGCAAUGGCGACGGCGAGGAUGGCGGCUACAACAUAAAGCGCAAGGCGGACCAAUCGCCUUCAGUGACCAGUUCCGACGAUGGUCAUGCUGACGGCCUUUCCGAUGACAAUAUGGCGGUGAAGACCCCUAGACCGCACAAACGUCAGAAGGUCGCCCAUGAGGCAGCAGACAUGAAGCCUGUCUUCAGUCAGAACCCUACGCCUCGCUCUGGAGGACCUCCGCUGCGAUCGCCUAGACGGGCUCAGACAGCCGACAUGCUUAGCCCACCAGCCUCUCACAGCCUGUCCGAAUCUGAGAGCGAGAAUGCUUCAGAGUGCAGAAAGGCGUCGUCAGCAUCCUUCGGCGAAUGGCAGUUGCAAAACGCUGCAUUGAAAUGCGUGACGAUCGACGGAAUCACUACGUUUCAAUUGCAGUUCCAACGAGUGCAGGCGCGUACUUGCAACCGCCGACAACAGCGGCGAUCGCACAAACUGGUCAAGAGCAAGGCUAGAGCUCGGGAAUCAAGGGAUGAGACGAAAGGUCGACGAUGUGGUGUGUGCAGCGAACCCGGUCAUAAUGCGCGAACCUGCCAGAGGAGCAAUGCGCGAAUAUCUAGCGGUUAG